AUGGUCGAUGAAAGCGGGGUGAACGCCGAGAUGGCGACAGAGCGCGCGUCGGCGAUCGAGGAGGCGACGUUUUGGGCGGACGCCGCGCGCGAGGCGAGAGCGGCGCUGCCGACGGGCUGGGACGUCCGGGAGGAGCAAAUAGAAGCCAUCGUUCGCGGUCGCGAUCGUGUGGUGUUGAUAGUGACGUCCGAUAAUGAUUUCAAGCUCGCGAUGGACUACGCCGCGGCGAAAGGGGUCGUCGUCGUCGUGCUCGGGAAUUUGGUUGAUUUCUCUUCGGCGCAGCGCUCGCGGGCGAGCGAUCCGAAAAAGUAUUGGGACGCGUUGCGAGUGGAGUGCGAGCGACGUCCGCUGUCGCGGUUGAAGCUCGUGCAGUCAUGUGAUUGUGCGCUAAUUUGGGACCCAUACGUCGAAAACAUCGCUGGCGUGUGGUUCCCGGCGCGCGGAUCCGGAAUGGGUCGUUGGUAUCAUUCGUGA